GUGACAGAGCAUGUACAGCUAAUUAGGCUCUUAUCGGCCAUUUUAUGUUGAGAACAAUAUUUAUAAAUACAACUAAAUGCUAAAAGGUUUUGGGGAACCGUUUUUCAAAUGACUGGAUACACCCCUACUCAAAUAGUUUCAACCUGCCACUUCCUUGUUUUUCAAAAGUUUAUUUUGAAAAAAGUUGGUUGCGUUUUCGGCGUCUCCUUUGCUUAGGCGUCUUCAUCUGUUUAAUAGCCAGAGUCUCUGUAUAUUUAUCAGGAAUGAAUUAGACGCAUGAAGAGGUUAGAUGGUUCAUGACAGUAGCUAGCUCGAAGGCUGGCUCUUGAUUUCGGAGGCUGAGACACGGAGAGUUAGAUCGAGCCAGAAUGUUAUCCGCCACCGCUGCUAGCGUCGAGGAUUUCAGACUCAGGUUUCCACUGCAUAUCCUGGUGUGGGAAAAUGAUUACAGGAAGCUGGAAAAAGAGCUACAGACGAAUUACAUUGAAGAGGUGGAUCCCCGGGGCCGGACCCCUCUGCACCUGGCCGUCUCACUUGGACACUUGGAGUCCGUGAGAGUGCUGCUCAGACACGGCGCGGAUGUUUCCAAAGAAAAUGACAAACAUUGGACAGUGCUACAGGAAGCGGUUAGCACAGGAGAUCCUGAGAUGGUGCAGCUGGUGCUCCAGCGACGAGAUUAUGUCAAAGCCUCCACUGCGUUGGGUGGCGUUCCAGAGCUACUGUGCAAGAUCCGAGAGUCUCCAGAUUUCUACAUGGAGAUGAAGUGGGAGUUUACUAGCUGGAUUCCUCUGGUGUCCCGCGUGUGUCCCAGCGACGUGUGCAGAAUCUGGAAGAGUGGGGCCUGUCUGAGAGUGGACACCACCCUGCUGGGCUUUGACAACAUGACCUGGAUCAGAGGAAGAAGAAGCUAUAUCUUCAGAGAAGAGAACAACUGCACUGAGCUGAUGGAAGUUAAUCACGAGGACGAGGUGGUGGACACUGAGCGCUUUGAUCUCUCCCGCGAGAUCGAGGAUGUCACUCUGGACUCCAUGCAGCCCGCUGAACAGGAAGUUGCCAAGAGGCUGACAACACCUAUUGUUAACACAUAUCUGGACACAAGAGACAUUGCGUUUGAGAGGUGUAAAUCUGGUAUCUGGGGUUGGAGGUCAGACAGAACAGAAGUAGUAAAUGGAUUUGAAGCCAAGGUUUUUUCAGUGAACAAUGUGAACGUUGUGAUUCGCACCAGGACGGAGCACCUCACAGACGAGGAGAAGGCCAGGAUAAAAAGUGAAAGGAAUGUUCUGGAAUCUUUACUCGGCACCGUAGAACAACAGAUCGGUGCUCAAGGGGACAUGACUAUGGAGUUUGCCACUGCCACAAACCCCACAGCUAUUACUCCAGAGGAGUACUUUAACCCCAACUUCGACCUGCAGGGUAGAGAUAUUGGUCGACCCUUUGAGCUCACCAUCAGAACACAGAAGUUUAAAGGCACCCUGUGGAUGAGCGAGGAGCAUCCUCUGUCUCUGGUGGAGCAGGUCACUCCCAUCAUUGACCUGAUGGCUCGCACCAGCACUCACUUUGCCCGACUCAAGGACUUCAUCAACCUCAGGUUUCCCCCUGGCUUUCCUGUGAAGAUCGAAAUCCCACUGUUCCAUGUGUUGAAUGCCCGCAUCACAUUUGGAAACGUCAACAAGUGCAGUACAGAUGAGCCUCUGGACACCAACCAAUCAGCUUCUACACCCACACCUACAGAAGAGAAGUGUGACAACCAGGCUUCAGUUGCUCCUGCAGAACCUGAUCAAUUCGAGGUGUGUCCGUCUGUGUUCAUGGCACCUUCACACUAUCACCACCGAGGAGGCAACCGCCACUCCAACACACGCCAGUACAACCCAGUGCACCAUGAUGAAGAGCUGCUCCAGUACGCCAUCCACCAGAGCCUGCUUGAGUCUAGUGCACUUAAUUCACAGGAAACUUUGAGUGAUUCUGAUGGACAGGCGACACAAUCCAUGAUGAACCGGUUGAGUGAUGGGUCUGAGUCUGAGGGAGUUUUAGUAGACCUCAGUGACACCACACCCUCCAGCUCUGUCUCCACCUCCAGCCCCGACACUGACCUGCGAUUGGCUAUGGAGCUUUCGGCCCGGGCACAGGAGGAGGAAGAAAGGAGAAGGAAAGAAGAAGAGGAGGAAUUAGAGAGGAUUUUACAACUCUCCUUAAUGGAAAAGUGACGAAAUUCACGCAGCUCUCUGUGGCCACUGACAUACGACUUAACUUAGUUACAUAUUCAGUUUGGAGCCGACAUCUGGAAGGUUCUGCUUCCUUAUCCAAAAAAUAAGCAAUUUUUUUUUUUUUUUCAUGAUUUUUACUGCUUUCUAUGGAAGCUUGUUUCCGCCACUGAAUGAAAAAUA